UCUAUACGUCCAUCCUUUGCCAAAUGCGGAAUGAUAGGAAACCCAACAAAAAAGGGAAAAAUAAAUAAAAAAAAAUAAUUAGAUAUUCCCAGGGGGGCAUUUUGGGAAUCCAAAAUAUCUGGCGCUUCGCUUGAUAAACCAACCGUCCGGGCGUUUUUUUAUUAUCUUUAAUCUCCAUUACCGCACUGGUAAACCAGGAUUAAGAAAACUAAAUCCGUCGUCGUCAGCGGAAAAAAGCAGAGCUCGCGGCGGCGCGGAGGAUUCGCGUCCAUGGAAGGCGGAGGCGCCGACGAGUCGCGGGUCGUGCUGCAGGCGAGCGCGGGGCUCGGCGCGGGAGGCAAUGGCGGCGAUGCCGGUGGGGGGAAAUCGCGAUCCGAAGCGGGCGCGGGGGGAUCGGGUGCCGGUGUCGCCGGAGCCGCGGUCAAGAAGAAGAGAGGGAGGCCGAGGAAGUACGGAGUCGACGGAGGAGUCAUGCGGCCGUCGUCAUCGUCGUCGUCGUCUCGGAGCCUCGCGCCGGAGGUCUCGGUGAAGCGCGGCAGAGGGAGGCCCCGAGGUUCCUCCAGUGGGACUCUACAUGUCGCUCCCGUUGGUGGACGUCCAACGGGGGGACUUGGAGGAAGCUUCGGCGCUCAGACGGUGACCGUACAUAGAGGGGAGGAAAUUCUUGCCAAGUUAUCAUCUUUGAUUCAACCGGACACUCAUUCGCUCUCGGUGCUUUCGGCAACUGGUGCUGUCUCCAGUGCCAUCGUACGCCAACCUGGGCCUCUUGGCGGUGUUUUGAGUUAUGAGGGGUGUUUUGAAAUUUUGGCCCUGAAUGGCUCAUUUACAAUUUGGGAAGGUAGAAUUUCUACGCACCCUAGACUUAGCUUGGUCAGUGUCAUGCUUGCUAAGCCUGAUGGUAGGGUUUUUGGCGGUGGAGUUGCUGGUCCAUUGAUAGCUGCUGGCCCUACUCAACUUGUAGUGGCCACAUUUAAGCAUAACGUGCCCAAUGAGCUUAUAAGAGUGGAGUCCACCAAAUCUUAUGCAAGUGCAGCUAUCAGUGUCUCUGCAAAUCCAAGUCAUGAAGUGAGACAGCCUGAGCAAAUUGCAAGGAUGGCAGAAGUCAAUGACUAUUCUGGCAGUCUUACCUCUGUGUUACUGGAGCCAAUUGACAAGGAAGCCAAGGCUACUAUCACUUCUGGAAACAAUGACAUGAACCCUGCUUCUCUGCCCAUUGAUGAGCAUAAUCCCUUGGAACCGGUGGAGCCAAUGUUAGAUCGGAACAUGUCUACAGACACCAAAGCUAAUGUCCCUGAACUGUGAAAAUAUUUUUCUCAGUGUGUGUGUGUGCAUGUAAUGUGCUGAAGAUGGCAAGUACAAGGUAAUUGAUUGUUACUGUUAUGGUUAUUAUGUGCUAGGUUUUGUAUAUGAGACUAGUGGGACUACAAGGAAGUUUGGUUCAUUUGCCAUAAUGGCAAGUUGAGACUGGUGGUGCAUUCAUUCCCACAUGGUGGAUUACCACAAGUUGUUAUUGUUGUGUAAAGUUUCUCCCAUUCUUGUUAUCUAUUAGAUACUUUCCUUACUGUCUAUAAAACUUUGCCGUUAUGAAUCA